AUGCGGGACUUGUCAGGGCGCCUUCUUGAGGAAGACAAAGGUACAAAAGUGAUACAGAGAUGGUGGUAUGGCAAGGAUGAGCUCCUUGGAAAACAGACGUUUUCUCGUCAUAUUGCACACCAGGUUGAAAGACUUGAAGCCAAAGUAGUUGAACCAUUGAAAGCUUAUGGAACUAUUGUAAAAAUGAAACGAGACGACCUCAAGGCAACAUUAACAGCCAGGAAUCGAGAAGCUAAACAGUUAACUCAGUUAGAAAGAACUCGGCAGCGAAACCCAUCUGACCGACAUGUUAUUUCACAGGCAGAAACCGAAUUACAGAGAGCUACAAUGGAUGCUACCCGAACAACUCGUCAGCUAGAGGAAACUAUUGACAAUUUUGAAAAGCAGAAAAUAAAGGAUAUAAAGACUAUAUUUUCAGAAUUUAUCACUAUUGAAAUGCUAUUUCAUGGCAAAGCUUUAGAGGUCUUCACUGCUGCCUACCAAAACAUACAAAAGAUUGACGAAGAAGAAGACUUAGAGGUUUUCCGAAAUUCUCUGUAUCCACCGGAUUAUUCAUCUCGUUUAGAUAUUGUAAGAGCAAAUUCAAAGUCGCCUCUUCAGAGAUCACUGUCAGCUAAGUGUGUGUCUGGAACAGGACAGGUAUGUCGGCUAAGAAAGGACCAGCAGGCAGAUGAUGAUGAUGAUGAAGACUUGGAUAUAACAGAAGAAGAAAAUUGAUUUUUCUUAAACUUCACAUUCCCAUUUUUAUCUUAAAUGACUUGGAGUCCAGAAUUACUAAGUUGUAAAGCUUUAUACUGGCUUGAUACAUUAACCUUCAAAUGAAACCCUACUGGAAAUGGAAAUAAAGGAAAUUUAUGCUGACAAAAAAAUGAAGGCUUUGGAAACAUUACACACCAGCCAUUCCAAUGUCCUGUGUAGCCGCAUGUGAUCUUUUUGAAUAGGUUCCAUUUUUUAAAAGAUGAUGUAUUUUAAAAGUAUUUCAUACUAGUGCACUAUCUAUACCUAGUUGAGGUUGCAAUAGUAAAUAGAUGACAAAAAAGAAAAUAUGUAACAAUUCCACUGGCUUCUUUUAGGUAAGACCAGGCUUUCAUUUCCAGAAAAGGAUCCUGGUCACUCUGAUUAGCCCCAAAUUCCACUUCGUAAAGCCCCUAAUUGAAAAGGGGUCUUUUUUUCCUUUUUCACUUACUACAACCUGAAAAUCCUUCAUUUAAUACACAGAUUUAUUUUUGGGACACUGUACUCUGUUAUCUCAUGGAUCCCAGUCAGGCAUGUAAAAAUUAUGAAAUUUACAAAGUCAUUUGGGAAAACUACAAAAAGCAGUUAUUCAUAACAGAAAAAUACUUCAUAGAAAGCCUUUUUGACUGUUACUCCUGGUUCUGUUCCUAACAAAGCACGGAUGUCCUAUGUGAUAAAAUUACUUCAGUACUUUAAAAUAUUCGACACAUUUUAAAAUCCUAAAUAAACUGGUAUUCUUAAGAAA